GGGUCCAGAUUUGGCAGUGUGGUUUAGUAAGGAUGUGAGGUAAAUCAGGCAACUUGCGUGGAUUUUAUAUUAUUUUUGGUCACUCUGGAGGAGAAACUGGAAGAGGUUUGUCUCUGGGCACAGACACGCAAGCAAGUUACAAAGGAACCAUUUUCCAUUUGGCAUGGCCCAUGAGAGAAGCUGCUCUUCUUCUGAAGCUCAUUCCACACUUCAAACCGACCAGUCUCCCUGACGGCCUCCAGCCUGAGACAGAAACAGGCAGCUGUUUUUAUGCUCACCAUAUCAACUUCAUGGCUCUUCAUCUGCCUAUCAGUCACCAUCAGCCUUAUCAGGAGCAAGGGUGGAGCAGGAGGGAAGAGAGAGGAAGACCAAGCUCCAGAGACAGGAAGAGAGGACAAACGGAGAGGGCUCCUGCAGAGGUGCUGCCACUUCUUCCUGCUUGGCUGCGAUCAGUGUUUGCCAUAAGUGAAGGGCUGGAGGCAUGGAAUGAGAAGUCACAAGGAAAUGGGCCCCUAAAUAGACUGUUGAUGGCAGCAAAAAGGAAAUACAUGGACACAGAAUUACCCCCUCAGGAAUCUGAAGACCUCUUCCAGGAUUUAAGCCAACUCCAAGAGACAUGGCUAACAGAAGCUCAGGUUCCUGACAGCGAUGAACAGUUUGUUCCUGAUUUCCAUUCUGAGAACUCAGUGGCAUUUCAUAGCCCUCCCGUCACUAUCAAGAAGGAACCACAGAGCCCAGGCUCCGACCCCAGCCAGUCCUGUAGCCACAAGCAGAGCUUCAGCUACCCCAGUGGAGAGCAGUGCCUUUAUGCCAGUGCCUAUGAGCAGAAAAGAACUGCAGGAGGAGCCAAAAGCUCCUGCCCAGGGACCCCCAUGUCUCCUAUGCAGCAGCAUUACUCCCCAAAGCCUGCCACAGCUGGACGGCCUGAUGCUGGCUACAUGAACCCUGCUGCCACCUCCCAGCCACUGCCCAGCAACACUUACCCCAUCAACACCAGGUAUCAGGGCCCUUCAGGAGACCCCAUGUGCUCCCAGUUCCCCCCUCCAGGCCAGGCCUUUCAGCGCAUGCCAAUGCCUUCUGCUCCAGCAGGACAUGGUGGCAGUGCAGGUGGGGGUGGAGGUCCUGGGGGCGGUGGCGGUGGUGGGGGCGGCAGCAGUAGUGGUGGUUAUCAUCGGCAGCACUCUGACCCCUGCAUGCCCUACCUGCAGCAGAGCUUUAAACAAGAAUUCCUAGACCCAUUGUAUGAGAGGGCGGCUCACAUGGCAGGGCCUGGGCAUAGGAGCGGACCAGGGCACGGGCACGGGCACGGGCCUCACCCCCAGCCACAUCCACACCCUCACCCACAUAGAUUCCCACCAGCCCACAUGAUGGUGAAGCAGGAGCCCACAGACUACACCUAUGAACCUGAUGUGCCUGGAUGUCCCUCGAUGUACCACCACAGUGAGGGCUACCCAAACCCCCAGCACAGCAAUGAAGGCUAUUUGUUUGAAAAUGACUCCCGUGUGGUUCCAGAGAAGUUCGAAGGUGAGGUGAAGCAGGAGGGGGGUGGUGUUUUUCGUGAGAGUACACCUUACCAGCGCCGUGGCUCUUUGCAGCUCUGGCAGUUCCUGGUGGCCCUGCUGGACGACCCGGGUAACGCCCACUUCAUCGCCUGGACUGGCCGUGGCAUGGAGUUCAAGCUCAUUGAACCUGAAGAGGUUGCCAGACUGUGGGGCAUGCAGAAGAACCGCCCAGCCAUGAACUAUGACAAGCUCAGUCGCUCGCUGCGCUACUACUACGAGAAGGGAAUCAUGCAGAAGGUGGCAGGGGAACGCUAUGUUUACAAGUUUGUGUGUGAGCCUGAGGCCCUCAUCUCGCUGGCCUUCCCCGACAAUCAGCGGCCCAGCCUGAAGGCUGAGUUCGAGCGCUACGUCAACGAGGAGGACACUGUGCCCCUGUCCCACCUGGAUGAGGGAGUGCCCUACGCAACAGAACAAGCCCCCCAAAACAUGGGCCCCCAGCCCUACUCCAAAGGCUACAUGUACUAAAGCCAGCCCCCACCCUCAGAAUCUUCCUGUUGUACUAACUCAUCAUACUGAAUCCCACACCUCUUGCACAUUCCCACCCCAUCCACUUGUAUAUAAGGCAAUGGUUUUUUGUUUUAAAUUAAUCUCAUUAGGGAUUUUUCUUGUUUUAAGAGCUGCAUUCCUUUCACAUCCAAGGCUUAUUCAAAAUGACUGCUUAAUAAAUACUCAUAAUACCGA